AUGGAAGAUACUACAGAAGAAGACGGUAAAAGUAAGUAAAGAUUACAAAUUUUAUUAUUUUACGUUAAGCUUAAUGUCUAUUUUAUCCGUUUAGAGAUCUACUAUCCGUACAAUGGUCAGAACUACACAUUUAUGAAUCGCUACCGAACCCAAAAUGAUAUUAUUACUCAAGCAAUUGUUCAAAGUCGAUCUGAAGGUCUGGAUAGAAUUAGAAUUGGAGAGAAAGUAGGUAUCAACACAAAAGAAAAAGCCGGUAAUAGAAAAGUGUCACAUUCAAUUCAACUGGCUUGCAAGUCUUACCCGGACAUGAUCGGACAGUACCAGAAGAUGGAGGGAAAGUUCAGAAUGUUGAGGUAGGUAUUUGUUGGUGGUAUUACUUUUGCUUUUAGGUAUUUUUUCAAAGGAGAGUCGGCAGCCCCUACAGUAAUGGCACUACUGUUUAAAAAAGCAGAAGAAGUUAUCGGCAAAGAGUUUCCUUUUAAAGUGGGAGAAAGCGUCAAGUUUCCAGAUACUACCUUGAGUAAGUUGUUGGAAAUGUGGUAACAGUUUUGUUGUACUAUUUUGAUUAUUGGUAACUUAGUUAUAAUGUUAAUUCAGGCACUUUGCGAAUCAGUGAUGUCACGGUGAAGCGAAUGAUCAUGAUUAUGGAGUUAUUGAAGGCAGAAGAAGUUGUUGUCACAAUAAAGAAGUUGACUGAUUACAUUGGAGCAAGAGAAGCUACUGGCGGAUACAAAUUUGCAGUGAGUUUUUAGUUUUUAAUAUUUUGUGAAUUUUAGGUAAUAACUUUAUUAAAAUAACAAUUUCAGAUUGACAAGAAGUCGGUGAUGAAGUGUCUGUAUGCUUUACAAAAGAAGCGUCUACUUCGAAUCUUGUCUGUGGACAACUACUAUGAAGAUGAAAUGAGUCCAACGUUAGAGAACGAGCUCAUCUCUAAAGCUCGAUCAUUCCAAAUUGUUGUUUCGUACGAUAUCAAGUCAGUGGAAGACGACAAAGUCAAAGACGCUAUUAACAAGAUUGUUUCCGAGUUUCAUGCGGAAGGAAAGUGUUUUCCAAGUGGUCAUGCUAGGUUUAAAAAGGUCGACCAACCGAUUGUUCAGGCUGACGGUGUGCCAGUGGAUGUCAGUAAUGUUGACUGGCACAAUUUAGAGGUGUUACAAAGAGCAAUGUUGUUGAAGCACAGUUUUGAACCUCCACGGAAAGCUAAAGUAAGUAUUUUAGGUAACAAAUAUUUAAAAACAUUGGCUUUUGUUACUUAUUUUCUUGAUUUUAGGAAAUUGAAGGCGAAGUACAGUAUGAUCCGAACGUGUCUUACGGGUAUCAAGCUAAGAUGACACGAUGCAGCAUUAUGCAUGAAUUUAUCUACCGUGUUGUGCAUGAUGUAGAAGAGACUUCAGAUGUACCGUGCUUGUAUCACAGAUUUCCUCUUGGAAAGCCAUUGCCACCUAAUGAGUUUACACAGAUGGACAAGUUACCUUUGGUUGAUGAUACUCCGAACUCACCGUAUCGAUUUGUUGUAGGCAUUCCACCGUACAAGGACAUUCAGCGUGGCUGGUUCAUGUUGAGAGAUUUGAUGCUGGGAAUGCCGCUAUCAUUAUACUGUAUGAUGAUUAGCAUCAAACAACGGAUAAACGGGUUGGAUGAACAUCUACUGGACCCAAUCAAGCGUCACCUGCCUCUUGGAGAUCUGCCUUCGAGUCUGAGGAGGUACCUGUUCACAAGGAAGGCGUGUGUCCAAGCUGAACAUAUUUGUCUGACUUUGUGUGCCUUAGGACAUUUGAGAGUGGGACCGUCGUUUGAUAAUGGCAGAAGUAUGAUCGGAUGUACUGCUUUGUUCUUCUGUGGCAAGAAGACAGUUGUGUACGAUACUAGCUCUUCAGAACGUGCAUACGCUGCUGUCACUAUGCCAAUCGAACGCUACAACAGAUACGUGUAUGAGUUCAACACAAUGCAGGUACGAGCUUUAUAAAUAAUGAUUUUAGAAGCAGAAAAGUACUAAAAAUGGUUUAGUUAAUGUUGGUCAACUAAUAUUUUUAAAUUUAGGACGUGUACAGAUACUGGAACCAUUUGAAAGCGAUUGCUUUGUCAACGCCAUUGAAUGUGAGGAAUACGAAUAAAGAUCCUUCAGAGAUUCCAAACGGAAGCAAGAAAUGGGCAGCUGGCUGCAUCGAUCGGUCGCUGUUUUCCGUAGACAUUCAUGAUCAAAUUGACUUUAUCGAACCUUAUGGUACGAAAGAAGGCUGUGCUGGAAUGGAUGUCAACUUGUUUGUGUAGGUUAUUGUUUUGAAUUGUCUUGGAAUAUGAGAAUUUUAAGCGUUUAACUUGAUAUUAUUCUAUGUUUUGUAUUACUGAUGUCAGUUAUAUUCAGACAUUUGAUUCGGCAUUGGGAAUGGAGAUCUCCAAAACACGGCGAGUUUGUCGAUUGGUUUAUUAAGCGAGCUCUCAGUCAAGCUACAGAAUACUCGAGCUACGUAGAAGAUCGAGUUCAGAAGCUGGAGAAGAACUGGAACUCUGUAGUCUCGUCUCUGUUACCUAAUGACACAGUAUUGUACAAACAGAAGCGGGCAGAAGGACCAGUUCUGUCUCAAAAAGCGUUGGAUGCAAUGUCAGGGCAAUUCAGAAGACAUUAUUCAGUACGACGGUCUCUGAAUUCGAAUGGUGAUAUUAAGAGGAGAAGUGUCAAGGCUAAGGUCUUUCCACCGGCCGAAGAGUUUCCACUGAUUAAGAAUGAAUCGAAUGGGUCGUCUCUGACUGAAGGCAAAAGGAAGCGGACUAUGGAUCAGGUUGAUAUCGAAAGCAAGGAGAAGAACAUGUUUAUCAGGAGUCGGUUCAUACCGAGGGAGUACGACAUGGUAAGUGAGAUGAUUGUUGUUUUUAUUAUAUAUUGGCUGUUUUAAAUUUAUUCCGAUUUAUUAAGGAUGUUUUAACUUACAUUACAAUUUUAGCUUUUAAGUCUAUGUUUAAACAAUAAAAUAAGUUGUUUUACAAAGGUCACUUUUAGUUAGUGCUCAUAAGAGGAGUUAGUUUCUUCUUGAAUCCGAUUCACAGAUUCUGGCUGAAUCCUACUGUAAUGCGCGACGUCAUGCACGAGUAUGUUCCGGUAGGUUACUAGUCUAUCGUUUUAAAUGUUGUUGUAGGAAAGUCGAUGUAAAACUGUCAAUUGUUUAAUGGCAGCUGGAGCCAGAGAAAUGGUACGACCUGGGAGAAUGGCACAGUUGCAGUAUAUUGUCAAGACAUUGGCUUCUUAUUCUGUAAGUCUUCUUAUAUGACGCUUUACGCUUUCAGAUGACAUUUUAUAUUUUUUUCGUAAUGGGUUCUUUUAUUGUAACAUACUGUUUUUAGAGCAUGAUUGAAAUCAGGAACAAGCUGUCGGAAAUGGUGUUUACAGAUGAAAGUGCGAAGAACCAGUACUUCCUGGACGCCUUCAAGAAAGCCUACGAAUACAUUUUCAAAGAAACAAACGCGAUUCCUUCUAUCGAGACUACGGAUUCUGAAUUCGACGACUUUAUGAAGGAGCAGAAGCUCUCGGUCGUCAUUUCAACUAGUAAUGUCACUUCUCAUGUCUUUCCAAAAAGGUCGAAAAAGCCAGAAUCAGUUGAGGACAUUCACCAUUGUGUCGCCUUUAACGUCGUUAUGUCGUCCCUGAUCGGAGACUUUAAAGACAAGGAGAGGAACGAGGGAAAGAUGACAUUCGAGAGUUUGGUUAACUCUGUGCCGGCCAAAUCUCUGACUGAGGUAUUGGAAAUCGGCCGAUCUGACGGGCUGAUAACCAGAAUGAGGAACACGGAGCAAACCUCUAUGAUGAUGAGGAAUCAAGCCACCUUCAGCAUAUUGUAAGUUGACAUAUUGUGUUAGUUUAUGUAUCGUUGUUUUAAGUUACCGUCACUUCUUCAAUCAUCAUUAUCGCAAUGAUUUGAUUGAUCUAGUUCAACAUGGCUUGGUAGACAACUUCCUGGAACAAAAGGCUGACGAGAAUCUUGCUUGUAUGCUACAAUUAAUUAGUCAAUUGUACGAUGACUCAGCUAGUGUUACAGUAUCCGCUCCAGCCAACAUCGAUGAUCUCAUUGGACAUGACCAAGAUCAAAUUGAUGACAAGGUGUGUUUUGACGGGUUGAGGAGAUUAAAAUUGGGAGUUUUAUGGAGUGGAUUAGCUAGAUUUAAUGAAGGUUUUGAAUUGAAUGUUUAAAUUUAAAAAAUGAUAUUCAAAUGAAGAAUUGUGAUGAGUAAUAUUGUUGCAUUGCAGCCAGUAACCAAACAACUUCGAAAACUGGAAAACGCGACAUUGCAUUUGGACAAGAUUAGAGUUGGUGUCAACGACUACGGUAAGGAAUGGACAUCUGUACCUCCCUUGAGUUCGGUCGUUCAUAUUGUCGCGCCAAAGUUUGUGCUUGAUACAGAAGAAAAGUCUUUGGAUAAAACACUCAAAACAGCCGUUUCUUACCUCAAGACGAAAGGAGUAACUCUGGAUAAGUUGAAGAAGUUGGUAGAUGUCGUACAUAAGACCGAGUAUCUUGGGGUCACGACUGAACAGCUCAUGGUAUGUUUAACAAUUUGAGCUACAUUUGAUUAUAGGUUAGCCGACCGGUCGAAUAUUUGAUUAUAUUUUAAUUUAUAAUUUUACAGUAUUCAAUUAAAGAUGCUUUGCACGUUAAACCCAAUAAAAACAAAACAUAAGUUUGUGAAUUACAGGAAACCACCAAGCUGACAAAGCCUGUUCUCCUCAUUGUUCUAAAUCACUUGUCCAAAUUGAAUGUUUUGUUUCCUUGUGGCAUUGACACUCGUCGGUGGGUAUCGCUCGACUUUAUCAUUCCUUGGAUGGUCGAAACCAAGACCGAGCGUUUCUUUAUUCGACCGUGGACGUCGCCUGAUGGAGGUGUGAAUUGGCCUAUCUUGAAGUGGAUGGCCGAAGGAGUGCUGAUGACAGUGUUGUACAAACCUGGAAUGACGCUGGAGGAGAUCAAAGGCACUUAUGCUUACGUUUUGCAGCCUGUUUUGAUCGCUGAGAUCAUCGAGUUCUUUGAGUAUAUGAAUAUUGUCAGAGUUCAAGAUACUCAGGUCAAGACAGUCAAAAAGAUGUCUCCUUUUGCUUGUACGUUUGAAUUUUUACUUAUUUUGUAGCUAAAAUUACUGUACGUUUUGUUAAGCAUUUGAACUUUAUAGAAAAUUGAGAAAAAAUUUUUUUUGGAACGAAAAUUACAGAUUAUGAAUGAAUUGGUUUAGCUACACUUAUUGCAACUUUAUGCAAUUUAAAACUGUAUAUACGAUUUUUAGGUGAGGCUAAUACGGAAACUAGCGUGUUUGUCUUGCCUACCAUCUAUGCAAUCGAAAGAUUUGCCGCGUUCUUCGCCGACGUGCCGUCCUCAACUCAAUUUUUCAAGAAGUACGACGCCAACUAUCACACCAAAAAAUAA